GUGUUUUGCCGUUCGUUGUAUUGUGUCAUUGUAGUGUUAAUUUUUUAAUGUGUGCCAGAAGUUUGUAACGUUCGCUUAGUGUUCAUGUUCUUAAAUUGCACACGCCCUAGUAGUCAAAUAUACAUUAAGUACUAAAUAUGUUAAUAAAUUAAGAGACUUCUUAUUUAUUUAGUUUUGUUCUGUUGCUGAAGUAUUAUCAAAAGAAGAAUGUCUGUAAGUGCUAGCGCCGAAAACCUAUCGACAGAUGCCCAAGUAAAGCUGCGAUGGAGGUUCCAUGUGCCUGGAGUUGGCACUGGAAGGCGAGCGGCUGUGCAAGGCCGGCGACUGCCGCGCGGGCGUGGCCUUCUUCCAGGCCGCCAUCCAGGCCGGCACCGACGACCUGCGCACCCUCAGCGCCAUCUACAGCCAGCUCGGCAACGCCUACUUCUACCUAGGCGACUACAACAAGGCCAUGCAGUACCAUAAACAUGACUUGACUUUAGCUAGGACUAUGAAUGACAAACUGGGAGAAGCCAAAGCAUCGGGAAAUCUAGGGAAUACACUAAAAGUGAUGGGGAAAUUCUCUGAAGCCAUCCAAUGCUGCAAGAGACACCUGGAGAUAUCCCGUUCUCUAGGAGAUCGGCUAAGCGAAGGCCGUGCCCUGUACAACCUGGGCAAUGUGUACCACGCACAAGGCAAGCAACUGGGCCGUGCGGGACAGAAUGAUCCUGGACAUUUCCCGCAGGAAGUCAGAGACUGUCUGAUGCAAGCAGUUUCUUAUUAUGAGGAGAAUCUCGAGCUGAUGCGAAGCCUAGGUGACAGGCAAGCGAUGGGCCGUGCUUGCGGCAAUCUUGGCAACACCUGCUACCUGUUAGGUGAUUUCGCGAGAGCGAUCCGCUACCAUACCGAACGACUCCAGAUCGCUCAAGAAUUCGGCGACCAACCUGCGGAGCGGCGCGCUAACAGCAACCUUGGCAAUUCACAUAUAUUCCUUGGGGAAUUUGAGAACGCUGCUGAACAUUACAAGCGUACUCUAGCUUUGGCCGAGGAGCUAGGCGACGCGGCCGUGGAGGCGCAAGCGUGCUACUCGCUAGGCAACACGUACACGCUGCUGCGCGAGUACCGCAUCGCCGAGGAGUACCACGCGCGCCACCUGGCCUCGGCCAGGAAGCUGCAGGACCGCGUCGGCGAGGGCCGCGCCUGCUGGUCGCUAGGCAACGCGCACGCCGCGCUGGGGAACCAUGAGAAGGCGCUCUAUUAUGCUAACGAGCAUUAUAAUAUCUCAAAAGAGCUAGGCGAUGUCCUGGGAAUGGCGACAGCUCAGAUGAACAUCAGCGACCUGCGCAAGGUGCUGGGGCUGCCGACCGACACGGAGGCGGCGCCGCCCGUCAUCCCGGACGACGGCUGCGCGCCACGCACGCCCUUCAACGCGCUGCGCGUCCGCCGGCAGAGCAUGGAGCAACUGUCCCUCAUACCUAUAACUCCUGACGGCAAAAAGAACGAGGAGGAGGAAAAGGACAAAAAGCCUGAGGUGGUCCGAACAGAGUCGGAGGACAACCCCGUGGAGUCAUUCUUCGAGCUGCUGACGCGCUGCCAGUCGGAGCGCAUGGACGAGCAGCGGGCCACGCUCAACGGCAACAAGGAGAACCGGCCCAAGACCAAGAGCUCCAGCAAUAAGCUGCAGCGCUCCGCCAGCAGUGGACAUCCUAAUAACGGACCCACGGAAGCGAUGCUCGAUAUGAUAACGGACAAGCAGUCGGAGCGAAUGGACUCGCAGCGCGCCGAGCUGCGCCCCGCGCCCAAGAAGCUGAGCAUAGAGAACAAAGGCGCUUCUCUGCCGGGCCUGCGGCCGCAGCAGACCACCAGCACCAAGCCCGAAGACGACUUCUUGGACAUGCUGGCUCGUGUCCAGGGCUCUCGUUUGGAAGACCAGCGGUCGGAGCUGCCCCCACCCAAGCCGGAGGAGCGGCCGAAGACCGUGCCCGAUGACGAUUUCUUCGCUCUGCUCAUGCGCGCGCAAGCUGGACGGAUGGAGGACCAAAGAGCUACUAUCCCGUUACAAUCAUCGUCUGAAAAUCGCCGCAAUAAGGGAGGAUCAAACGUAAAGAAAUAAACUUGUCAAUAUGCUCCGAACCCGGAACUAUCAUCACACAGUACAUUGUACAGCGAGUUGCAAAAGUACACACCCACUUUAAGGCUCGUUUAGACGGCGCACAAACUUGCUUGCGAUUUUAUAUACAAUGGGAAUAGGGAACUUGACUGUUCUUAAAAUAAAAUAUUUUAUACCAUGCACGAAAUAAAGCAUCAGAUAAUUAUUAGAAAAACAUUGACAGAAGUUUUUUUUUAAUCGAAUUUC